GGGAAUCAAUCGCACUUCACAAGAAAUUUGGAGAGAUUUCCCUCGUUCAACAAGAUAACGACAUUGCAAAACAGUUCAGACCCCUGAAAGACGCCAUGAGUGCCGCAGGCGACAACCUUGUUCGUUACCACUUUCAUCUGGUCAAGGGCACGGCGAUACCGGCGCUAGAGUCAGAGACCACAGAGUUUGCCUUGAUUACGCCCAAGAAAGAGGCCUCUUUCGAGAGUGUGAGCAAGGUGGGAUUGAAGGUGCGCGAUGUUUGGGACAGUAAUGGUCAUCCGGCAGCGUUUGCAACGGGAGAAGAAAAUCAUGACCUGAUUCUCAUCAUCGUUGGCUGGUCGUCUACUACACAUCAUCUAGACACGGUUAAAAACGACCCAUAUGUAUCAAUAGUCAAUGAGUUUGCCCAAGUGGGCACUUUCGACAUUACCCAUGCUAAUCUCGUAAAAAACAACUAGUCGAAGGAAUUUGUUUUUGUACAAGUACUAUUGCAAUGAAUACAGAAGAUUAUUUAACAUGAGGGUUAAAUUAUAGAAAUACAUAUCGUGACUUAACCCUAAAUAAAAGAAAGAAUACAGAAUGCGAAGAGGACUGAUUUGAUGUUUCUUACCGUCUCCCAUUCCAUUGU